AUGGGAAAGCAAGCCAGUUCCAAGCCAAGAAGGCCAGACUCGUUGGGAAAGGGGAAGGUCACUCCGAUCCAGAUCGCCUUCAUCGUCGACCGCUAUCUCUGCGACAACAACUACUCCGAAACGCGAACCGCCUUCCGAAACGAAGCCUCCUCCCUCCUCACCAAUUCCCCUAUUCACAAGGCACCGAAGAGUUUGUUGAGUUUGGGAGAGAUGCUGGAUGAGUAUGUACGCCUGAAGGAGCAGAAGGUGAUGGUGGAACAGGAGAGGGUGCUUGUCGAGCAAGAGAAGAAUCGUGUUCAGAUGCUGUUGAACGGUAUACAGAAUGUUAUGAACGCUUUCAAUGCUACUACUAGUAGCCGGAGCAUUGUUGCACCUAGUAACAGAACUCCUCCUCCAGGUGUGUCUACUACUAUGCAAAAUGCAUCAAAUGUACAUUCACUUCCUCAGCCUAUCAACACCAAUACAGAGUCUGCAAACUUCUCAAUGCCAGUGUUGAAUCUAUCUGAUAGGAAGAGAAAAGAUACAAUAGCCGUGGAUGUGUCUUCUGCCGCGAAGAAAUCUCGUGGAAAAUUAUCCAACAGGAGAAUUCCUUUCCAAGAUCAAAACACACUGCCACAAUCAGAUACUUCUGCUAUCACUAACCAAGUAGCUUCUCAGCCUUCUACACACCAUCCAUCAACUAGGAACAGCGUGCUGAGCGAAUCGCAAGCUCAAGGAUCCACCGUCUCCAAAUGCUUUUUUAAUAAGCCUUCAGCUUCUGUUCCCACAACCAUUUCACCAGCUCCAAAGACACCCAGCAUAACAACUUCCUCUCACAGCAAUACACAUAUAUCCCCUCCUGAUAUUCCCCCGGCUUUGAAUCGCAACGAGGAGGCUGCACCCACAUGUUAUGCUGUAAUAACAACCAAGAGAAUUAUGGUUAGCCCUACAAAACAAAUGGCUUAUAUAGAGAGUAGUCAAUGCAAUAAUCCUGUGAAGACAGGUACUUCAGACAAGGCAAGUAACAAGAGGGAUCAUGUAAGAAGCAGGUUGGACUUCGGUGCCUCUGGUUCGGAACUGCCUAUAUGUUCUACAUCCGAUUCGACGAAGGAUGUUGACUUGUUUGACAUUGACAUAGAUGCCUUGGGAACGGAUUUUUCAUUCACUGAAAUGUUAAAUGAUCUUGAAGGCAUUGAUUUUUCUUGCAAUCCAGCAUCAAUGAGUUCUAAGGAUAAUGCUUCAGGUCACCUCCAGAAUGCAAGGGUAAUCAAGUGAUAUCUGAAAGAUCAACAGUGGGAGAAGUAUCUGAGGAAGAAAUGAAUGUACCGGGCUCUGACAAUUGUUUGAAUACAAUGACAUCUGUCACAAAAUGCAAAAAGAUUUCAACCCCCGUAAAAAGUCGCCAGAGCUCUUUAGAUCAGUAGAGUUCUUAAAGGGUGUGUUUGCGAGUUAAAGAGUUCGGAAAAUUGAUUUGGUUCCUGACUUUGCUGCUGGAGAUGCUUGCUUUUACUUUACUAUACCAAUAAAGAAAGAAACAACACCCACACGGUUACACUUGACGUAGGGUGUUAAACUGUUAAACGUCAUUCAUUGUUCAUUAUAGCUUUUAUCAUACUGUUAGUGUUAGGUUACCAUGGGAGGUUGCAACAAUAAGAAUUCUUAGCCGCUGUAGAUAGCUUUCG